AUGGCCUCGAUCGCUUCCGAUCAGCCCUCCCGGGCUCUCGCCCAGGGCGGCGAGGCGGCCGAUCCCUUCGUGUCCAACGCGUCAGGCUUGGGCCAUCUCCGAUACUCCAAUUUCGACACUCAGCUCUUUGCCCUCGGCCCAGGCGCCUCGCCCGCCCAGGCGAAACGAGCCCUCGAAGCCCAUCUGGCCGAAACCGAGCGACGCAUGGCAGAGGCGGGCAAACUGGGCACAGCCUUGGUCCAGCAGCAGAAGGAGCUGACCGAGCGGCUCAAGGAGGUCGAACAGCUCGAGGCUGAAGGAGAGCUCACGCCAGACUUGAAGCAGAAGCUUAUCGAGAUCGAAAAGGACUACAAUGAGGUCGCGAGGGAGAGUGCCAGGGCGUUCCUACCCAAGCAGAGAGUGCCAAGUAACGAGGCCGCUGCCGGCUCGCCUUAUGCACCUGAAGGCAAAGGCGGCAGGCGCUCUGUGAGUCCGUCCAAGUUCGAGAGUCAAGCUACAGGAUCGCCUACGAAGCUCAGCGUCCCAAAUAGAAAGCUGCGGAAUCAGCCACAGAACCGUAUCCACGAUAUCGAGUUUGCUGCCGAGAUUAGUACCUCUCUGAUAGCUCAGGUUCGAAAUCUACAGGGGCUCCUUGCGGAGAGGGAAGAGGAGUUGCGGGACAUCAAGACGGAGAAGUCGAGGCUUGAAAUCGAGGCGGAAGGUUUCCAGCAGCGCAUGAAGACUCUGGAUGAAAGUGAACAUCGAUACAAAGAUGAGAACUGGAAUCUCGAGACACAGAUUCAUGAGCUUAUUGCUUCGCAAAAGGAGGCAGCUGAUCGCGAAAAGAAAUUGAGCCAAGCCCUCGCUGUACUACAAGCCGAUAAGAACUCUACGCAACGAGAAUUGGACGAGGUUAAGAUGAAUCAUUCGAAGCUUGUUGAAGAGCAUGCCGCUGCCGUCAAACAUCACGACAUCGAGCUUGGAACCGCGAAGCGCAAUAUAGUCAUGGCAGAUAGCGAGAGAGCAGCCAUGCAACGCAAAAUCGACGACUUGACAAGCCAGAACUCGGAGUUGGCCAAGGCAUUUUCAAUGCAGCGAGGCAGGACAACAGAGCGAGAGUCUGCCAUGGGCAUGAGCGACGAAGACUUUGAGACUGCGAAUGAUAACAUCACUCCCGAGCACUCUCCACCUCCGUCUCCUGUCAAGGGUACUCCAAGACAUUCGGUAUUGGAAUCCGAGACUUUGAAGACCUCCCUCCACCAUGCUCAACGAACAAUCCAGAGCUUGCGAACAAACGUCCACCGCGAGAAGACCGAGAAGCUGGAGCUCAAGCGCAUGCUUCAAGAGGCUAGAGAUGAGCUUGAGAAGGCCCGAGGUGACCCAGCUGCCUCGAACAGACGAAGCCGAAAGAUGGAUUCUCGAGAGUUUAAGAAGCCCCUCAAGCUCGGUCAGCUGGGUGGUGCGCGUGCUAGCAGAAGCGAUAUCUACCUGGAUGAUCCAAGCUGGGAAGACGAGGCAGGAAGCCCAUCUCGUUCCCCGGCCAUUGCAAGCCCGGCAUCCCGAUCAGGAGAAUUCGAGCCAAUUGCCGAAUCUAGCAGUGAUCACUUUGAGACAGCCGAUGAAGCCAGGGAGACAAGUGAUGCGGCAUUUGAGACUGCUCAUGAGCGUGGCACCGAGACGGAUGAUUUCCACACUGGUGCUGAGGAGUUCUCUGAUGACGAUGACGCCGCGACCGAGACCGAGAGCCCAUCUAAGGGAGCGGGCCGUAUCAAGCGUCCGCCAGUCCUGCCAUUGAACCAACCAGGCAAUCGUUAUUCCUUCCAAAGCACUGCUUCAACGUCCAACGAUGAGGAUGACUAUGACAUUUCCGAGAUAAAGACUCCUACCGCCACAAUGCCACAACAGAAAAUGCGCCUAAGAUGA